AAAAAUCAACACGCGCGCACCCUCGCAUUCACUCACAUACGCCAUAAGUUAGGCAUUUAUCUCCCUCUAUUGGCUGACAGAAGAGGCGUACUGUCAAAUCAGUCAUUCCUCCGCAUCGAGAUGGCUUGAUGGUGUGUGCUUACCAUGCCUAACCAUCCAUCUCUUCCACUCCAUGACGUCUUCAAGUUUUUACCCCUGCCAAAUGUUUUUUUCUAAAAAAAAAAAAAAACAACAACAACAACCAACACCGAGAAUGAAAUAGCACAAUUUCUACUCACUGUGAAUAACCCAUACAAACCAUAUAACUAUCUCACUUUCACCCAUUCAAAAUGUCUACCUCAUGUUUUUGAAAUUGUACUUUAUGUGGGUCUGUAUGGGUGAAAUCUAACUGUUUAUGUAUGCGUUACCGUUGUGAAAACAACAAAAAUGUUUCUCAACUUACCCCCGCCAAGUUUAGUUCACACAUUGAUUGACAAGCCCAGUGUGUAUUUGCCUUCGAAACGCGUACGACGUGUGUAGAACACAACAAUAAAAUAACAGUAAUAAUAAUAAUAAAAACUAAAAACCCCUCAUAAUCAUUAUUAUUACUUCAAAUUCGUUUCGUUGUGUUUUCAAUCAUAUUAUUGUUUUUUUUUUUUUUAUUUAUCUUAACUCAAAUAUAUUUUGAUUUUGUGUGUUCUGUGUUUUUUCGUCGAUCAGAAAAACCCACGAAAAUAAGAAAAUUUAUUACAAAAAUCUACUACGCUGCGUUACCUACACUUUUUAUCACUAAGCUGUUUACACCUUGCAAUAUUACUCCUAUAAUAACACAGUUAUACGAGCGACGGCGAUACGAUAAUAGUAUACGAGUUUUUAUUAUUUAAAUAUUUUUUUUUAUAUUUUUUCGUUUCGAUUCAUAAUUCACACUUUGUUGCAACACUAAAAAAAAAAUUAUAUAUCUAUAAUAAUUUUAUAUGAUAUUGUCCAAUGAAUAGUUAAAAAAUUAUAAACGGAUGGUUGCGCCUAAAUCAAUCAAUCAAUCAAUCAGUCAAUAUAAAACAUAUAAUACUCCUAUAAGUAUUGUAAGAAGCAAAUAUAUGCAACACAGUGUCGUCGCGAAAUGCAGCAGUAGUAAUAGCAGCAGUGAUUAGAGUCCCAGCAACAUUUUCAUUGCUCGCAACAUCGGGGAAGCAACAGAGAGUAGUGUGCAACAUUAUUGAAGCACUGCACUACCAGCAACACCACCAACAAACUACUACAACUACAACAACAACAACAACCAUUCAUCAAAUCAAUCGGCAACAGUAUUGAUGCAGCACGGGAAUUGCACGCAUUCAAUGUCUUCGUCUUCGUCGUCGUUGUUGUCGUGUCGGUUCGUCUCAAUCCAUAAAUUCGGUUUCGCGUUUUAACGUCGGGUCACCAUCAUCAUCCAUCGAACACACAUCAUUUAUAUUAUACCAAACUUAUACCUACGCCAUCUUUGUUGUUGAUUUGAAUGAAUUUUGAAUGAUUUUUUUUUUUGUUAAAUAAAUCAUAACCGGAUUUAAAAACAUAAAGUGCGUGACUACUUAUUAUAUUUAUAUAUAUUGUUAAAAAAACAUAAAAAUGCAAUCAGCACCUAAUUUUUUAUGACAAAUGCCCAGACAUGAAACACUACUUUAACAUAACGGAUUUUCAAUCACAGAGCUCAACUAUGGAACAUGUCACGUUUAACAGGCUGUCUUGAAAGUAGUAUCAUCCCGCCAAAUUGUGUCAGUCUGGUCAAAAAUAGUGUCCAUCACUAUUUUCGUGCUAAACACAAGUUUUGUUUAUAAAAAAAACAUUAUUUUUUUGGUUAACAAAAAAAAAAAAGAACUACAUUAUCUCUUGUAACACCGUUCGGUCUUUUGAACUUAGUGAAAAUCGGUUUCGCGGUAAAAAAUAAAAAAUUAAAAAAUCUUGUAUACGAUGCAACUUAUAUAAAUUUAAAAAAAAAUAUCCUUUCUUUAAAAUAUAUAAAUAAAUUUUAUUUUGAAAUUGAUCUCAAAUUUUUAAAUUAAAAAAAUAAAACACGUGUAUACCUACCAUUAAAUGACUAUAAAACACCUUUAACGCUUCUAUAACCUAUUUUUUUCUGCACUUCGAACUGUAAGAAAUUUAUAAAAUAAAUUCCCCAAAAAAUAUAAAAGCAAAGCAAAGGAUAACAAAUGUGCCUAUAACAUAAAAAAUAAAUAAGAAAAUAAAAAUUGUAUAUGACCAAAAUUAAAAAAAUAAAAUAAAAAAAAUUAUUAAUUAUUGUGAAUUAUUUUAUUUUUUCUUUUCUACAAAAAAAAUAAAAAUUAUACUUCUCUCUCUAUCGCGCCAAAAAAAAAUUCAAAUCUAUUGUGAAUGUUUGUUAAUUUUGUUUUUAACUUACAACAAAUGAGAGUUGUUAUAGAAUAAUAAAAGGAUACAAAUUAAUUUUAUUCAAAAAUCAAAGAAUAAAAAAUAUAUACAAAAAGAAGAAAAAUAUAACGUGAAGUGAAUUUUUGUUAAAUAAAAAAAAAAAGAAAUAAAAACGAAAAUUUAAACAAAGGAGCAAAGGCGGAUUCUGUUGGUUGCUUUUUGUUCGGGAAAAAGUAAUCAAUUUGUUCUGUCAAAAGUGGCACAAGUCGGGCUGGAAGUCGCUCCUCGAGCAUUAAUGGCUCAACCCAGGUACGAUGAUGGCCUGCAUGGCUAUAUGGAUUCUGGCGCAGCAGCAGCAGCUAUGUAUGAUCCACAUGUUGGACAUCGGCCGCCUGGAUUACAAGGCCUACCACCGCAUCAUUCACCACACAUGAGUCAUGCUGCAGCUGCGGCCACAGUUGGUAUGCAUGGCUAUCACACAGGAGCUGGGGGACACGGUACACCUAGUCAUGUAUCACCGGUUGCUAAUCAUUUAAUGGGUGCAAUACCCGAAGUACAUAAACGUGAUAAGGAUGCUAUUUAUGAACAUCCACUCUUUCCACUUUUGGCGCUUAUAUUUGAAAAAUGUGAAUUGGCCACAUGUACGCCUAGGGAACCUGGUGUACAAGGUGGUGAUGUAUGUUCGUCAGAAUCGUUUAAUGAGGAUAUAGCAAUGUUCAGUAAACAGAUAAGAUCACAAAAACCCUACUACACAGCGGAUCCCGAAGUAGAUUCACUUAUGGUGCAAGCAAUACAAGUACUUCGGUUUCACCUCUUAGAAUUAGAAAAAGUACAUGAAUUAUGCGAUAAUUUCUGUCAUCGGUAUAUAUCAUGUUUAAAGGGUAAAAUGCCAAUAGAUUUAGUGAUUGACGAACGGGACACCACCAAACCACCAGAAUUAGGUUCAGCUAAUGGUGAAGGAAGAAGUAAUGCCGAUUCAACAUCGCACACCGAUGGAGCUAGUACACCAGACGUUCGGCCUCCUAGUUCAUCCCUGUCAUACGGCGGCGCUAUGAACGAUGAUGCUAGAUCGCCGGGCGCUGGUAGUACACCUGGACCAUUAUCACAACAGGCACCUGUAUUAGACACAUCUGAUCCCGAUGGUAAGUUCUUAUCAUCAUCACAUAAUCCUACAGAACUAACAUAUGAUGGUCGGUGGUGUCGAAGAGAAUGGUCGUCGCCUGCAGAGGCUAGAAAUGCUGAUGCUUCCCGGCGGUUAUAUUCCUCAGUCUUCCUUGGUAGUCCUGGUGAUGCCAGCAAUGCUAGUAUAGGUAGCGGCGAGGGUACGGGCGAAGAGGAUGACGAUGCGAAUGGUAAAAAGAACCAAAAGAAACGUGGCAUUUUCCCAAAAGUAGCAACAAAUAUUUUAAGAGCGUGGCUGUUUCAGCAUUUAACGCAUCCUUACCCCUCAGAGGACCAGAAAAAACAAUUAGCGCAAGAUACAGGUUUAACGAUAUUGCAAGUAAAUAAUUGGUUUAUUAAUGCGAGACGGAGAAUCGUGCAACCAAUGAUUGACCAAUCGAAUAGAGCAGUCUAUACCCCGCAUGCUGGCCCAUCCGGCUAUGGACACGAUGCAAUGGGUUAUAUGAUGGAUAGUCAAGCACAUAUGAUGCAUCGUCCGCCCGGUGAUCCAGGCUUCCAUCAAGGCUAUCCACAUUAUCCACCUGCCGAAUAUUAUGGACAACAUUUGUAAUCGCCUCCGCAUCAUCCUCCUUCCUCCAUAUAAUAAAUUAGUUAGCGAGAGAGAGACACACACCACAAACACACAAUGAGAGAGAGACACCAUUUAAAACUUAAGGACCUUAGGAAAAAAAGAAGAAAAAAAAAACGCAAAUUUAGAUAAAAGCAAAAAAAAAAUAAAACAACAAAAAUUUUCAAUAAAUCACACCAACAAAAGGAUAAGAAAAUAAUAUAAAUUUUUGGAAACACCAUGUUGGAUAUCUUCCUAUGGACCGGACCGCACUUGAAGCCUCAGUGAAUUUAAUUUUUUUUUUUUUAUUUCUUUGAAAUAAAACACCAAGUCAUAGAAAAAAAUUAAUUUUUAUCAGCUUAAAGUCGCAUACCUGAUAUACGUAAACUUUUUUUUUUAUUUUUAAAAUUUUAUAAUUUUCGGAAAUUUGCUGUUACCUAACUUAUUUUUUGCGUUUGAUUUGGUUAUAAAAUGAAAGGAUUGGAGAUAAACUAGAGUUAUCACAUAGUGACGCAAAACUCUAGUCUUAUCUUUCAAUUCACACUCAGAUUACUUCAGAUGUAUCAAUAUUACUUAAAAAAAACAAAAACAACUAAUGCAUUGAUAACAAUAAAUUAAUAUCCGUGCUAAACCAAAAAGUGUUUUUUAACCUAAAAUAAUAAAAUAUUUAAAUUGUAGCUAUGUUUUUAUUUGGCGCAACCUCCUGAAAAUAAAAAAAAUAUAAAAAUU